AAAGCUCUGCAGCUCCCGGGAGUUGAUUGCAUAUACCAUGCCUUCUACGACGACACCACCCUCAGCAGCAUUGCAGGCUUCCAAAACCGGUCUGCUGAAGCGCAUCGUGACCAAGCUACGCCCACCGCAGCCGGCGACGUCAUUGGGCGCCGCUGUCUCCGUCGGCAAGGCAUCUGGAUCUGGCAGCAAAAUGAAAUGGUGGGGGAUGGUGCUCCUGCCGCCAGCCCCCCGCCACAAGGCGCCGGUGCCGACACUGCCGAACGCGUUCCUCCUGCCGGGGCAGCGCGAGGCGGCACUGCGAUCUCGGGGCCUCGUUCCGCGGCGGUAUCGCGACGCGAACGGCGACACGCUCCCGAUGAGCGUGCAAAAGGCCGACCACGACCGGCGCUUUGCGGCACUGCACGACGAUGAUGACGACGCAAGCGAGGGCGAGACCAAGGCCAGGCGCAUAUGCGAGCAGUGGCUUGCACGGAACGCGGAUGCUGAUUGUGACGUCGACAGCUUGGAUCUUGCUCUCGACUCCGCCGACGUUCCGCGACCCGCCUCACCUGUAACAUCUCUCAUCAGCCAGGUGCGGUGGAGCCCUGGGGCGGCGAGUUCGCGUUUGGAAGGACACGACGACGUGCAUGUUGAGAAAGCGGGCACGGAAGGCGAACAGACCACACCACUACUCACCGGCACCCCCUCUUUGCUACCGACGAGCUUCGACGUUCGUCACUCGCAGCGCGAUGCCACCUUCCUUGCGCCGCCUAGCACAAGCAUCAGAGCGCAGAUUGCGACACAGCGCGGUCGGUCACUGGCGACAGUAUCCACGGCCGCAAGCAUACCGGCGCUCUCGCCUACACGCACGACAUCGUCCGUGUCCACAUCUGACACACCGAAUACUCCGAGGCCAACCGAUGAGACCUUUGGGACCUUUGGGCGCGUGAAGAGCUCAAGUGUCACGUCUGGCGAGUCGUGGUCGUUCAACCAUCGCGAUGUGCCGAAGGUCAAGACGUCAGGAGGCAAAGCCGCUGAAUGCGACGUCCGAGGUGAUUUUCGAGGGCCCCACCCGAGACGGCGAUGACUGACGGCGAUGACUUCGUCUCUAAUCUGUUGGCCCCGCACUCGCGCAAGUCUUCAGCCAAUCACGAUCAGACGGUGCGCAAACGCGGAUUCUCCAAGCGGAGCAGCACUACACCUGUGUACACAGUAGCCACUGAGCUCGACGACGCACGCGCCGAGGAGAGCAGAAGCCUGAGCGAGGCAGCGUUCCUCGACUUCUUCGGAUGCUCAUGGCUAUUGACGGACUCUUUUCUCGCGCGCGCACACACGCACUUUUAUUUUAUUUUAUU